CAGAACGGAACGGAAGCGGGAGUAAAGAGCCUAUCCGCCAUUGUGGAAUAUGACACAAAGUCGCCGUUUGUAACCGUCAGAAGAAGCAGAUCGUCGUCAGGUCUGACCACGGGAGGAAAACGCCGCCUUGUAACGUUAACAGAGUGAUUGGACAACCCGAGAGACGAGCCAGGAAAGCGCCGAAGUGCAGAGAGAGGCAGGGGGAAGCCGUGGACAGUCUCACAAACAGCGAUCAGUCUCGGUUCCUGGAGGAUGUCUGCGACCACAGUCGAUCAGAGACCUAAAGGACAAGGAAAUAAAGUGCAAAACGGAUCAAUGCAUCAAAAGGAUGGUGUGAAUGAUGAUGAUUUUGAGCCUUACUUAAGCGGCCAGACAAAUCAGAGUAACAGCUAUCCACCAAUGUCUGAUCCCUACAUGCCCAGCUACUAUGCUCCAUCCAUUGGUUUCCCUUACUCUUUGGGAGAGGCUGCUUGGUCCACAGCAGGAGACCCUCCCAUGCCCUACCUAACUACCUAUGGACAGAUGAGCAAUGGUGAGCCACACUACAUCCCUGACGGUGUGUUCAGCCAGCCAGGUGCCCUGGGAAACACUCCUCCCUUCCUUGGCCAGCAUGGCUUCAACUUCUUCCCUGGUAAUGCGGACUUUUCCACUUGGGGUACCAGUGUCUCUCAGGGACAGUCCACACAGAGCUCAGUAUACAGCAACAGCUAUGGGUAUGCCCCCAGCUCACUGGGACGGGCCAUCACGGACGGACAAGCGGGCUUUGGAAGCGACACCCAGCUCAGUAAGGUGCCGGUACUGAACAGCAUUGAGCAGGGUAUGACAGGGUUAAAACUGGGUACAGACAUGGUGGCAGCUGUCACCAAAACCGUGGGCUCACCCUUAGGAGGCACAGCAUGUAUGAGCAGCAUGGCAGCCAAUAGCCUCCCUCCGUCUGUCAGCUCAUCAGCACCUAAACCUGCCUCCUGGGCAGCCAUUGCCAAGAAGCCCGCCAAGCCACAGCCCAAGGUCAAACCCAAAGCCAACAUGGGGAUGGGGGGAGUCGCCACCAUUCCCCCACCUCCCAUAAAGCACAAUAUCAACAUUGGUACUUGGGACGAUAAGGGCUCUCUGAAUAAGCCCCCAUUAGCUCAGACUAUGAUGCCCCCGCAGCCUCUGGUGCAGCAACCUCUCCUAGCUCAACCCCAGCCCUUACUGCAGAACCCUUUGCCCCCUCAGCCUCAGCACCAGCCCCAGCACCAACACCAGCCCUUCCAGCUCCAGUCUCUCCAGUCCCCUCAACACCCCCAGCCUCUGCCCCCUGGCCCGCCGCACCUGCACCUCCCCUCUCAACCUGGCCCCCCACAGCCCCUUCAUCAGCAACAACCCCAGCAGCCCGGCCCGCCUCCCAACCGCUGGGUGGCUCCCAGGAACCGUGGUGAGGGCUUUGGUCUGGGUGGGGGAGUCCCUCUCAGUGCCUCCCCUUGCUCUGGAGAAGUGCACCCCGUGCUGGAGAAACUGCGUGCCCUCAACAACUACAACCCCAAAGACUUUGACUGGAACUUGAAAAAUGGACGUGUUUUCAUUAUCAAGAGCUAUUCAGAAGAUGACAUCCACCGCUCAAUCAAGUACUCUAUCUGGUGCAGUACAGAACAUGGCAACAAGCGCCUGGAUGGCGCCUACCGCUCACUGGGCAACAAGGGGCCUCUGUACCUGUUGUUCAGUGUCAACGGCAGUGGGCACUUCUGUGGCGUGGCCGAGAUGCGCUCACCGGUGGACUACAAUGCCUAUGCAGGCGUCUGGUCUCAGGACAAGUGGAAGGGCAAGUUUGAGGUGAAGUGGGUUUUCAUCAAAGACGUGCCCAACAACCAGCUGCGACACAUCCGGCUGGAGAACAAUGACAACAAGCCAGUGACCAACUCCAGGGACACUCAGGAAGUGCCUCUGGAGAAGGCCAAACAAGUGCUUAAAAUUAUCGCCACUUACAAGCAUACCACCUCAAUCUUUGAUGACUUUGCACAUUAUGAGAAACGUCAGGAAGAGGAGGAGGCUCUGAGGAAGGAGCGCAAUAGAAAUAAACAGUAACCUUCAAGCAAGCUCUCUGCUAGAACUGCAACACUAAUGACGUAGGACCUUAAAUAAAAUUUGCCUAACCAGGAGGAAAGGAGGAAAGGCUCUUACAAUCUUUCCGCUGGAGAUGACAAUGUAUCUGAACACUUGAACAUGACAAUAGAUGGACUCAUCUGUAUCUGUUGACUGGUGCAUCAAACCCCGUGUUCCUGUGUCACGAGAAAAAGAACCCACUUUGAAAACUCUGUCUUUAAAGCACUUUCAGUCCUUCUAAACAGCCUCUACCAAUACCCUUAACUCUCUAACUCUGUGUUCUUCUUUGAUUUUGUUUGUGAGCAACUAACUGACUAACCAGAGUAGUCAGAAGAUUUCACCGGGCUUAUUUGUAAUUUUUUUAAUGCCUCAAAUGUUUGGGAUAUUGGUGAGCUCCAUUAGCUCCUGAAGAGAUUUAAACAACAUGUAUAAAUUAAUCUUGUACUCGAAUCUGUAUUCAGCCGUCUGAUCCUUCUCAGACAGAGGCUGUGGAUGAUUGACAGGUGGGAUGAAAUAAUUGGGAAACAGCCACAAUCAUGCCAAUCAUAGGAUGUAUCCUCCCUCUACCUGUUCCCUUCCUAUCUGCAUCUGUUUCCGUGUACCAAAAGAUUACAAUUAUGCAGCACGUUGGCAAGCGCCAUCCAGUGCACAUCUUUGCAUCUUUGUUUUGUUUUUUUUUCUUUUUCUCUCUCUCUUUCUCUCUCUCUCUCUCUCUCUCUCUUGUGAUUCUGUCAUUCUGAAGUGCAUUUGUCUGAGGAGAAACCUGCUGCUCUGGUACAACUAGUGGUGGCCUCCUUGGGCCCUGUGGGUGACUGUCUUUGCUCUGAUGUUGAUGUACUCUACCGUACCUCAGGCUCAAUCAGACUGUCUGUCCUCAACAACUCUUAGCACUUUUGGGAGAACCCCGACAAUCCUGUUUCUGCUCGGCUUGACCGGGAUUCCCCCAAAACGGCAAGACAUCAACUGCAAGGAUGUGACAGUUUUCUCCUCUAGGUAACUCACUAGCUAAAUAAAAAUUACCCAUGUU